GUAAUCUUAUCAAGUAAUUCCUGGAAAGGCUUUAAACAAUUUUCUUCAAUCAACGUUUAUGACGUUUUAGAAGUUAUGUUGAAGUCCAGGGCGGAUACAACUACUAAAGCCUACGUUCGCGUUAUUAGAAAGUUCUUGGAGUGGUCUAAAGGUAGACAUUUCAACAUGCAGUUACCUUUUCCCCUUAGUGUCGUUUCCCUAUAUUUAUUUGAAGUUCAGCAGUCUUGCACCUCUAGUUCCUCAGUAAUUUUAGCCCAUGCUGCCCUUAAAUGGUUACAUUCUUUUGUCCCUAGUUUGGAUCGUAAUCCUUUGGAUAGUGAAUUUUGCAGGAAUAUUAUCGAAUCUGCUAAACGCCAGAAAUCACAGCCAGUAAUGAAAAAGAAGCCUAUUACCACAGAAAUCAUAAGGAGUAUUUUAGAUAUUCAUAACAAGAAAGAUGCUAAUUUGAAGAAUCUUCGUAUCGCUGCGUUAUGCUCUUUAGCUUUUGCAGGAUUU